UGUAUACAUAUUCUUUUCAUUUACCUUAAACUUUUGUAUGCUAUAUUUGUAAAUAUAUAUUCCGAGAGCGGCAUCCAAAAAAUGCAGCCGAAAUUAUGUUUCGUAACGUAAUUAGCUUAAUCAUGUCGAGUAUCAUCCAGUUUUGCAAAACGAUUAGUUUAUUAAAACCAUUUGUUCUAUAAAAUGACCAUAAUCUUCAAAAUUCGGUUAGUUUUUUUGGUGAAUUACUACAAUAAUGAAGGUCAAAGUAAUUGUUUUGGCGUUGUGUCUGACGUGCCUGUCUACGCCGGCGUACACCACGGGCCUUCUCGGAGCUAAGAUAGCUGCAGCGGCAGGCAUUGCUAAGGGCGCCGCUUUGCUCGGAGCUGGAGCGUUGGCAGCCAAAGGGGCUGUUUUAAAAGGCGUGGGUUCUCUACUGGCAGCAAAAGGGGCUGCGAUCAAGGAAGGAGUGCUUACAGCUGCCAAACCAAUUGAAGUUGCUGUGCCUACUGUGGUGAUUCAGCCCUCUCCAAUCUACACGAAGCCGUGUGCAGUGGCUGUACCAAGUAUCGUGCUGGAGCCACCUCCUAACAAGCCGUGUAUAGUCCUUGAGCCCGCACCGCCACUGGUAACGGCACAAGUGCAAACUCCUUCAGAAAAUGGAGGAGAGAUGUUGACCGCAGGAAUAAUAGCUUCAUUAUUGAACGGAGGCGUGCAAAAGCCACCGACGACCGGAGGAGCGCAAAAUCCUUUGUUGGGCAUAGGAGUGCAAACUUCAUUAUUGGGCACUGGAUCACAAAAUCCAUCGGAUACUACAGGGGCGCAGAAGCCGUUACUGGGUGUUGGUGUGCAAAGUUCGUUAUUAGGCACAGGAUCACAAAAUCCAUUGGAUACUACAGGGGUGCAAAAACCGUUACUUGGUUUAGGUGUGCAAACUUCGUUAUUGGGCACAGGAUCGCAAACUUCGGGGACUACAGGAGCGCAGACUCCGUUGUUGGGCGCAGAAGUGCAAACGCCACUGCUUGGUGCAGAAGUACAAGUGAUCUCUGAGCCGAUAGCCUCAUUGUUGGGAGACAGAAUACAAGGUUUAUUAAAUACUAUCGAUACAACUAUUGAUAACUCACUGAGCAAACCUAUAGCCGUGAACACGCUUAGAUCACCUGUUGUUUACAAGAUUGUCCAGCCGCCCAGAUUCCCUCUCACCAUUUAUUGAAAAAUACAACAGAAAAUAAUAAUAAUAAUAAUAAAUAAUAAGUUUUUUUAUUAAAAAGUACAUAAUGUGUUUUACAGUUAAAA